UGCAACCGGUACUAUGUAAUCACCUGUGCCCGGUCACGGAAAGAAUAAGACUUCAUCAUGUUCCAAGGAAUUUUAUACCACCAUGUGAGAGUUUUCAAGAUCAGAAACACCCCAAUGACAUAUUCAUUUGUUAAUAUUUUCAAAUGUUAUUCGUCGAGGCUCUUUUCUUCGGAUGCCUUUCGGAGUACUUACCGUACACGAUUUUCAGAUCAAGAUUAUCCGAUUGACUCACGGAAAGGGUACUGGAGUUUGUUAGAAGCAUAUGAGUAUAAGUGGAGCAAAGACCUCAACAGGCCCAGGACGAAACAGGUUUUGAGUUCCUUUCCACUCAUGGAAAAGAUAAAAAAUGAAAGUGAUAUAGGUCAGGUGUUUGAGCUGUAUGAAGUGUUGAAGGACUCAAACUUAGCCACGGACGACGUAAUGACCAUUUCUUCUCAGGUCGCACUAUUCUCCCGUUUUUCUCACCAACAAGUAAGGCAUGGAAAAGGCAGCGAGGCCGUUGACUUAAGUCGCGUGCAGGAAGCGACAGAAUCUCUCUUGAAAGCUAUGAAAUGGAAUAGCUGUCAUUUUGAAUGUUCUCAACUCACCAGCGCUGUUUGGGCGAUAGCGAAUCAUCGAGUGAAAGCUAAGUCGCGUCAUGAACACUUAGAGGUGACUUUUGCACUACUCCAUUUUGAUAAAGAAAUCAGAAGCCGUGAUCUCAGCGAGUUUACUAACGGGGACAUAGCUGUGAUCAUUCUGGCAUACGGCAAAGCAAAUGUCCGAGCGUUUUCGAUGUUUAAGGUGCUUAGAAAUGAAAUUAUGGCCCGGGAUUUGGCAGAUUUCACCGUGGAAAAUAUCAGCAAAAUUCUUUGGUCCUAUGUGCAGACGAAGCAGACAAGUGCUUCACUGUUUGCCGCUAUAAAGAAGGAAUUACUGAGUCGUGAUUUAUCACAUUUCUCUGAGAAGGUCAUAGUGUCAGUCCUUUGGUCAUUUGCCAUGGCCAAAGGGAACACUAAGGAUUUAUUCAGGAGUUUAAAACGUGAAAUUUUGAAGCGUGGUCUCUUGCGUUUUUCAGAGAGGCAGCUAGCUCAGAUUGUUUCUUCUUAUGCUGAGAAAAACAGGCAUGCCCCUGAUCUCUUUGAAGGAGUUGCUUCUAACCUUCUUUCAAGAGGUGAACUCAACUUUGAUUCAAGAGGCCUUAGAAUGAUUGCAAAGAGCUUUGCAAAGACCAAGAAUUUCAUACCAGAUCUUUUUAGUUACAUAGGAGACCAUGUAAUGGAUAGUGAGAUUUCUGUAUAUCAUCCCUUGGAAGCUGUUGAACUUUUGUGGGCCCUUACUGAAGCAGGUUUCCUUCAGGAAAUACUCCACCACAAGCUUGUAGAUCACAUUCUUCGUUGUAAUUUUCCAGAAUUGCCAGAUUCAGCUCUUCAACUGCUUGUGGCAGUGUUAGAGAACAGUAACUUUAAAGCACCUGACCUUGCAGCAGCAACAGAAGCUGAGCUUGUCAGGAGAUCAGAAGCAAAGUCUUGACUCUGUGAACGUUUUGAAAUUCUUACCCAUGUGCAUUUGUUUAUUGUUAGUGCAUAUUUGGGCUGCGAUCGUGAUCCAAGAGAGAGCAAGAAAUUGACUCCACAAGAUUGACUGAUUGUGAUUUUGUUGGUUUUGGUCUUAUGACAAUCAAUUUAAAAUGAUCUAGUCUCUCAUUAAAAAUUUCUUCCAAUCUUACAAGGGUCAAGUAACACCUUUGGAUAAGUUACCACCCUGUAACAUGCUGUUAUACAUAUUUCCAUACAGAUGCAAGUCCUUGCUAUCCAUGAACUACUGAAAAACUUCUAGUGUUCAGUUUCCUUUACUCCAGGAGUGUCCAAACUUAUGACCCCCUAAUAGUUACUAACAUUUCUCCAUACAGUGUUAUCUCUGACUCAAACAUUAACCCUCUAACUCCCAUAAGUGAUCAAGACAGAAUUUCUCCUUUUAAUAUCAACACAGAAUCAAGC